AUGAAUCAUGAUCAAUUGGCAUCAUCAUAUAAUUUUGAGCACUAAACAAAUCACAUAGGAGGUUUUUGUAUCUUCAAGUCUAGGACAAAAGGGGAUAAAUUAAGCAUUCCCCAAAAUAAAUAGCAUUUUCAUGGAAAUAACAAAAACCUAUAACUCAUAUUGAAAAAGGCCCUCAUUAUCUCACCCUUUUUCUCCCAAAGGCAAGAAAACCAACAGUACCCUCUCAUUGGUUCCACAAAAUUUCCCAAACUCAAAAUUCAUCACUACACAUUCUUUACAAAAUCAUUGUGUAUAAAUCCGCAGGCAGCAUACAAUCAUCAUCUUCACAUAUAUAUAAAUCACACACAUUAAUUGUGUCAUAAAACAUGGUGUUGAAGAAAAUGAUAAUGACGACUUCUGCAAAAUCUCUCAUCAUAAGAAUCAAUCUCUUCUUCUUGGCAUUCUUCUUCGUCGUCUACGCCACCCUCCUCCUCUACCCCUCCGCCUCCGACUACCACCACCGCGCCGCCUCCUUGGUCCGCUGCUCCCUCCUCGACUGCCAUCAUAAGAUUCAGAGUGAGAAAGGGACGAUGAUGAAAGCGGUUCUAGAAGAUUCCGGGAAGCUGAAACCUAGGAGAGAGCUGAUCAAGAGAGAGAAGCCGAGGUUCUUGGACGGCGGAAUGAAGAUCGGAAUGAUCAACAUGGACGACGAGGACGUGUCGGAGUGGAGCGAUUACGCCCAGAUUUUUCCGGUGAGCUUCGAGAAGGUUCCGGAGCACUUCGAGUGGAAGUCGAUUUUCCCGGAGUGGAUCGACGAGGAGGAGGAAUAUUCCGGCGCCAGGUGCCCCGAGAUUCCGAUGCCAGAUUGGGAGGAGUACGGAUACGUGGACGUGGUGGUGGCCAAGCUUCCGUGCCGGAGGCCGGAGGAGGGGUGGAGCCGGGACGUUUUCCGGCUUCAGGUGCAUCUCGCGGCAGCCAACAUGGCGGUGAGGCGGGGACGGCGGGAUUGGGGCGGCCGGACCAAGGUGGUGGUGCUGAGCAAGUGCCCGCCGAUGCCGGAGUUUUUCCGGUGCGAGGAGGUGGCGGAGAGGGAGGGGGAGUGGUGGUUCUACCGGCCGGAGAUGCGGCGGUUGGAGCAGAAGGUUUCUUUGCCGGUUGGUUCUUGCGAUUUGGCUCUGCCUCUCUGGGGUAAAGGAGCAGUCAACGAAAGAUACGAUAUAUCGAAAAUCAAAGCCACCACCCAAAAAUCUCGAAAACGAGAAGCUUACGUCACAGUCCUCCAUUCAUCGGAAUCCUACGUUUGCGGGGCCAUAACCCUGGCCCACAGCUUGAUCCAAACCCGAACACGACGCGACCUAAUCCUCCUCUUAGAUACAUCCAUUUCAGAGCCCACCCGGAUCGCCCUCAAACGAGCCGGAUGGACCCUCCGUUUCAUCAAACGGAUCCGAAACCCGAGAGCCGAGAAGAAUUCAUACAACGAAUACAACUACAGCAAGUUUCGGCUAUGGCAGCUCACCGAUUACGACAAGCUCAUCUUCAUCGACGCCGACAUUAUCGUGUUGCGCAAUAUGGAUCUCCUCUUCCACUUCCCUCAGAUGUCCGCCACCGGCAACGACGCUCACAUCUUCAAUUCCGGCAUCAUGGUGAUUGAGCCAUCAAACUGCACGUUCCGCAUGCUGAUGAGGCGACGCAAGGAGAUCAUCUCCUACAACGGCGGCGAUCAGGGGUUCUUGAACGAGGUGUUUGUGUGGUGGCACCGCCUCCCCCGGCGUGUCAACUUCCUGAAGAACUUCUGGUCCAACUCCUCCAUCGAAGCGGGCGUGAAGAACCAGCUAUUCGGGUCGGACCCUCCGAAGCUCUACUCGAUCCACUACCUCGGCUUGAAACCCUGGCUCUGCUACAGGGACUACGACUGCAACUGGGACAUCGCCGACCAGCAUGUCUACGCCAGCGACCUCGCUCACCGCCGCUGGUGGAAGCUGCACGACUCCAUGCCAGAGGAUCUGCAGCGCUUCUGCCGCCUCUCCGACCAGCGCAAGAUCGAGCUCGAGUGGAACCGGAAACUCGCCGGAGAGAUGGCCUUCCAGGAUCAACAUUGGAGCCUCAAUGUUACUGAUCCCAGAAAAUUUAUUUAAUACACUCAUUCUUUCUUAUUUCAAUAUUAUUUCUUUCUCGUAGAAAUGUGUUUUUCUUUUUUUGUUUUUUUUUUAGAGAUAGGUAUUGAGGAAGUCUUGCUUCUCAUAAUUUAAGUGUUUGUAGAGAACUAAGAGAUGGUGGUUUUUCACCAGCUGUUCAAUAAGGAUAUAAGUUUUAUUGUCAA